CCCUCCUCCUCGCGUUAGUUCCGGUCGCAGAGGAGUCACCGCCGCAGUUGCUGCCACAUCGGGGAUUUCUGGCUCUUUUCUCUUCGCCUUAAAGUCGGGUGUCUUUUAUGAAUAAUCAAAAGCAGCAAAAGCCAACGCUAUCAGGCCAGCGUUUUAAAACCAGAAAAAGAGAUGAAAAAGAGAGGUUUGACCCUACUCAGUUUCAAGACUGUAUUAUUCAAGGCUUAACUGAAACUGGUACUGAUUUGGAAGCAGUAGCAAAGUUUCUUGAUGCUUCUGGAGCAAAACUUGAUUACCGCCGAUAUGCAGAAACACUCUUUGACAUUCUGGUGGCUGGCGGAAUGCUGGCCCCAGGUGGUACACUGGCAGAUGACAUGAUGCGUACAGAUGUCUGUGUGUUCGCAGCACAAGAAGACCUAGAAACCAUGCAAGCAUUUGCUCAGGUUUUUAACAAGUUAAUCAGGCGCUACAAAUACCUGGAGAAAGGUUUUGAAGAUGAGGUAAAAAAGCUGCUGCUGUUCUUAAAGGGUUUUUCAGAGUCGGAGAGGAACAAGCUGGCUAUGUUGACUGGUGUUCUUCUGGCUAAUGGAACACUUAAUGCAUCCAUUCUUAAUAGCCUUUAUAAUGAGAAUUUGGUUAAAGAAGGGGUUUCAGCAGCUUUUGCUGUAAAGCUCUUUAAAUCAUGGAUAAAUGAAAAAGACAUAAAUGCAGUAGCUGCAAGUCUUCGGAAAGUCAGCAUGGAUAACAGACUGAUGGAACUUUUUCCUGCCAAUAAACAAAGUGUUGAACACUUCACGAAGUAUUUUACUGAGGCAGGCUUGAAAGAACUUUCAGAAUAUGUUCGGAAUCAACAAACCAUAGGAGCUCGAAAGGAACUCCAGAAAGAACUUCAAGAACAGAUGUCCCGUGGUGAUCCAUUUAAGGAUAUAAUUUUGUAUGUCAAGGAGGAGAUGAAAAAAAACAACAUCCCAGAACCCGUUGUCAUUGGAAUAGUCUGGUCCAGCGUAAUGAGCACUGUGGAAUGGAACAAAAAGGAGGAGCUUGUAGCGGAGCAAGCCAUCAAGCACUUGAAGCAAUACAGCCCUCUACUUGCUGCCUUUACUACUCAAGGUCAGUCUGAGCUGACUCUGUUACUGAAGAUUCAGGAGUAUUGCUAUGACAACAUUCAUUUCAUGAAAGCCUUCCAGAAAAUAGUGGUGCUUUUUUAUAAAGCUGAAGUCCUGAGUGAAGAGCCCAUUCUGAAGUGGUAUAAAGAUGCUCAUGUUGCAAAGGGGAAAAGUGUCUUCCUUGAGCAAAUGAAAAAGUUUGUAGAGUGGCUCAAAAAUGCUGAAGAAGAAUCUGAGUCUGAAGCUGAAGAAGGUGACUGAAUUUUGAAACUACACCCUCAGUAAAGCAAACAGGAGUUGUAGAUAAAAUGUCAUGUCUCAUGUGUCCUGGUUCUUACAUCUUCCUACCUCCCUAUAUCAAGCAUGAUAUAAGGGCUUUCAUGGCAAAUUUUAUUUUAAAUGUUUCUAUGGUUACUGGAAAUGUUGGGUUUAGUUUCUAAAACCAUGUUUUAAGUAGCUACAGGAGCUAUAGAUUUGAAUCUAAUGUUGCAUUAGUCUUUUCAGUUCUCUUCUACCUCCUGUAUUUUCUACUGUAAUAAUGUAAUUUAAGGCCUUCCACAAUGAACAGUUCACUUUAUUCCCUGGGUUUUCUAUAUAAACAGUUUUCAAGAUAUGAUUUGGUUAAAAAUAAUUUGUUAUAAAAAUUCUGUUUGCAAAUUAAACUGUAAAAGUAUCCAAAGUCUCAAAAGGCAAUGAUUUGUGUGAUAAUUUGGUAUGCCCAAAGCCCUGCUCAUCAAUGAAAAUCUCAUAUACAGUAAUUGAAUUCAUUAACAUGAAUCUUGAGUAUUUGGACCGUUGCUUGCAUGUUGGUAUUUUCUUGCAUUUUUAACCCUGGAUGUCCUUGAGCUCAAUUGUUUGCUCUCUGGUUUUUAUUCUUUAGUAAAGCCAUGGAGAACAAGCUUGAAAGUGAGUUGUUUGGGAAAUUGUGUAUGACAGAGGUGGUGGGAAGAAGAAAGUUGAGCUUGUUCUCAUUAAAAACUUUUGCAUUCAGUUUGUAUCUUUCCAGGCAAAACCAAUGGAUAUUCUUUUCAUACAGCCAUUUUCAAAUGUACCUUAGAAAAAUCUUGUCAUUUAAAGUAUUUUACGCUUGUCAUGCACUUAGAUUGAAAGGAAAGGGACUCAUAAAAUAAUGUGAGUGCCUACCUGGCUCAGUUAGAAGAGAGCAUGUGAAUCUUAAUCUCACCAUGGAUUCGAGCCUCACAUUGGGUGCAGAGAUUACUUUUUUAAAAAAAUAAAAAUAGUAUGAGUAAAGAAAGUGACUAUCAAAUCCCAGGAAGUUGUUAAAUAUUAAGUGGUCAGCAUGUUCUGAGACUCUAAAUGUAACUCAUUUCCUCUUGCCUUAGAGUAUUUGUUGUAAAGAAUGAAGUGCAAUGAUGAUACAUUCCCACUUGAUCAUGUUGGAUCAACUUCAUUCUCUUGACAUCCUUUUAAAUAACUCAAGCAUCUGGCUAUUAACAUACCCUAGUUUCCAUCUUUUUAAAUUGCCAUGAGCCAAAUAUCUCUUAUAUACAAUUGAUCCAUUUAUUUCAAUGGCUGCCUUUUAAUUUCCAUCUUUCUUUUCUUGCUGCUACCCAUAUAUAUAUGAUAUAUAUAUAUAUAUAUAUAUAUAUAUAUAUGAUAUAUAUAUAUAUGAAGUCAUUAGAAAACAAAAUGACCACCACUUUGGUGGAGAGACUUCAUAUUAAUAAAGUGAACAUUUUGAAAGGGUUUUUUUUUGUUGGGAAAAGAAACCAACUUAGAAUGAUGCCACCAGACUGAAUGGAAAUUGCCCCUUUCAAAGGUGCCGUUCUUAGGAGCCAAGAAUUCGGUGUUUAAAAGUUCAUCUUGAGGGAAUAUGUGUAAUAUAAUUUGAAGUAAAGGUGUAGUGACCUUAUGAAGAACAUAACUGAUACCAUUAUGAAUGGGGUGAAAUUGUUAAAGGAAUAACUUUGAUAGUUUUAAUGCACAGGCAAAAUGUAUUCACUAGGUUUCUACAUAGUGAUCUGCUUUUACUUUGUAAUUUGUAGUCCUCAAAAGACUUUUUUUCAAAAAUAAUAAAGUCCAUCCUACGCCUAGGUUAUAGGUCAGUCUUCUUUAGUUUUUUGUUGUUUUUUUUUUUGGUGUAUUCCAUGUUUAUACCUAGGAAUAGCUGUACGUUAUGCGUUCAGACAACGUCUCUACUGUGCAAGCAUUUAAUAAUCGUCCUUUUCAUCCUGUGAUUCCC